AUGAUUGGUUACCAAGCUAACGGGAUUAUCCGUUUCGUCGACUUCAACCUCGCUAUUCCUGCCGUUUUCACAAUUUACAGUCUUUUAGGUAUAAUCUCUAGACUUAAAAGCAGUUUGGUUCGAGUGAAAUCUUUCAGGCGUCGCCGUUUCCAUAAUGCAUCUGUUCCAUUUCCGAUUGAAUGCCAUCGUCACGAUGAACACGACUCCUCGAAAUAAAAGAGUACUCCGUGACCUUCAACGUCUAGUCUACCUGACCUAUAUAUCGCUCAUUUUCACCUGCUUCUCAUUUCUGGGACUUCUCACACUCGAAAGUUUGCAGCCGACAAUGAAACCGAUGAUAUUUGAGGUGUGGAAUCGCCAACGUGAAAUGAGAAUGAGAGGACGUAAUUCAGAAGUAUCACAUCGCCGAAGUGUGGUGUCCCAAGUACUUGGUCGCCGAUCCGUUCUCAUGGCAGAUACUCGUCGCCUUCGGAACCACAAUCUUCUUCACAAUCGGAGUCAUGGCGGUGGUUCUGCUCUGCGGCGGAUUCACACUUUCCGUUUUAUUCACUGCUCGCAAGGAUCUGUCACAACACACACUUCGGAUUCAGAAAACGUUCACUGGAAUUCUCAUUGUGCAGGUGUAAAGUGAAACUCUAAAAAAAACUAGAACUUCAAAUCACAUUUGCAGGCGGCUGUGCACGUAGUUUUCAUAUUGGUCCCCAUAUUCUGCAUUAUUGUCGCCGUGUACUUUGAUAUUUGGGUGAAAGGUUUGGUUUACAUCUAUUAUGCGUUCACACUUCUUCCAACACUUUUGCAGACGGCGGACUCUUCUUCUUUUCCGUCGAAGCUCAACAGGGCACUGCCUCCACGCUCGUCUUCAUUUUCACACAUUCGGUUACUAAAAAAAGCAUCAAACGUGUGGAAUAUCAAAGUAUUUUGCACACAACUUCUUCCAAACAUCUCAUCACUUUUCAGUUCGAAAACGUCUCGGUCUCUUUCGCUCGGACAGAAUCUGGAGCGUGUCAAAUGUGGAAGUUCGGAGCAAAAGCGUAGUCUAGUCCUUAUCACAGUCAAGUUCUACGUGUCCUUCUCUGAUUUCAACUAUUGUGUUUCCAAAAGCACACACACAUACACACACUUUGGGCAAACAAACACGGACUGUGCUCCGAGCUGCUUGUUCUCUUUCUCGCUGCGUCUCUCGCCUUCCUGCUUUCCCAGUUUCGUCGCUUUCUCGCCCUCCCCCAAUCAGCAGUUUUGGCAAAAUGUUCCGAAAAGCCAGACGACUUCGUUUUCACUCCGAUUUCUUUGUCGUCAAGGAGAAUUGAGUGUCUCCUGAAUAAUAAAUCACGAAUUCUAUUGAAAUUUGUAGUCGGUGGAGAGGCGGAGGAGACGCUUCCAUGCGAACAUUUUCGACAUUUUAGUGAAUUAUACCAACUCUCACAUAAUUAAUGAACCUUAUAUAUCUUUGAAACUGUUCAUUCAUAAGUUCUCAAUCUUGUUUCCAGAAAAUGAAGAAUCUUUGGACUGUGGACACUCUCGGCCGCAACGCUGACCGUCUAAUCAAAAAGUACGAGCACGUGCCGGCCGUAAUCUCGCUCGUUUCCUUCUCAAUCGGAAUCCUUAUGUGAGUAUACUUCCACCUUUUUCAUGAAUAUCUUUUUGAGUUUUUGAGCUAUUGUAGCCCGCAAACUUUGAAUGUUCUUUGAUAAAUUGGGUCAGAGAAAUCUAGUCGUGCUAGAAGUUGUAAAAAAUUGAUUUUCUUUGAAUAAUUCGAGUUACAAUGUUUUCAGGUUCGUGCUGCCCGUUCUACUCGGCCACUGA